AUGGCAACGUCAAAUCCCGCUCCUAUGGUCUCGGAGGCUAUAGACGGGGACCCCACCGCAACCGAAGUCGCAACCUCGUGCUUGGAUUUCCUUCUCAUAGAACUGGUACCAAUGGCUUACCGGAUAACAGCUGAUCUGGCCGCCAAGGAGCAGGACUAUCUGUCUGGACCGGGCGCAUCGAAAGCAUCGCAGCACGAGAAGAAGGAUGUUGACAACGAUACGAGUAGUACAAUAGCAGGGGGCGGAGGGUUGCGAGGCGGUGGUACAGCCACUGUUGUAGACGAGGAGGAGGCAAGGGAGGCGGUAUUCCACAGGCUGGAGGCGUUAGGAUACAGAGUCGGCCUGGGUGUUGUUGAACGGUACGUUUCAAGAACACAUCCUCGGCCCACGUCGCCCCUCGCGACUAUCAAGUUUCUCUGCAAAGACCUGUGGACCCUCCUCUUCCGCAAACAAAUUGAUAACCUCAAGACCAACCACCGCGGCAUAUACGUCCUAACGGACAACACCUUCAAGCCCCUCACACGCAUGUCCUUCGACACUAUCAAGCACGCGCCCACCGCGCACGCAACCGCUACGACCACGCUCUCUGAUCGCAUAAACGCCGCGGGGGAAAAGGGCGUGGAGUAUGGGGAUAUGGCGGCGUUUGGGGGUGAUGCGAACUCAAUCAGCAGAGCACAACCUUUCCUGUACUUCCCCGCCGGCGUGGUGAGGGGUUGUCUCGCAGGACUAGGCGUCGAAGCGAGCGUGAGCGCAGAGACUAGCGGGUUACCCGGCGCAGUAUUCCAGAUACGGACGGUGGGAGCGAAGGCUUAA